AUGAACGCAGAGCAAAAAGCUCGAAUAGAGUCUAAUAGACAACGAGCUCUGGAGAAACUGAAGAAUCGAGGCAUCAUCAGGGAUGAUCAAGCUAAAAAGAUCGAGAGCCGUAAUGCGCCACGACCGGAGCCUACACCUCUGAGGUUGCCAGAAAUUCAAAAAGUGAUCGAAAAUCGAACAAAAGCUCAGAAGUUGUUUGCCCAUCACCAGCAGAAUCUCAGAGAUGCGUCUUUGAGCGCUAAUCCGUCUAUCGAGCUAGACCGCGAAUCCAGCAGAAAACGGCCGCUUGAUAAGAUUCGACCUACCGUGCGCAAAGAGGAUUACAUAGAGUACGACUUGGCCACAAUGAAAAACUCGCACGGUGGUUUCAUAAACGUCGAUGAAGUUCCCGAUGGACCCGACAGUAAAAAACAGCAAACGUUUGAAGAGUGGCAAAAGGCCCAACAAGAGAGAAGGGCCCUAUAUGAGGAAGCACAGCCCCCGGAGCAUCCAUCGUUGGCGCCUAAAUGCAUCGAGUGCUCCAUCAACACCGAGCUAGAUCCGCUGUUGCACGACGUUUUCAAGCUGCAAGUCUGUAAAGCUUGUGUCAAAACACAUCCGGAGAAAUUUUCACUGCUAACCAAAACUGAGUGCAAAGAAGAUUAUUUUCUGACAGACCCCGAGCUCAACGAUGAUGCCCUUUUCUACAGAUUUGAAAAACCUAACCCACACUCUGGCACCUUUGCCCGAAUGCAGUUGUUUGUGCGGUGCCAGGUAGAGGCCUUUUCCUACAAGAAGUGGGGUGGGGAAGAAGGCCUAGACGGCGAGUGGCAAAGGCGAGAAGAAGGAAGAGCUCAACGGCGGGAGAAGAAAUAUAAGGACAAAAUGAAAGAAAUGAGAAUAAAGACAAGAGCGCAAGAAUACACCAGAAAAUUGCUAGAUCGUAAGCAUGGUAAAGAACAUGUGCACGAUUUUUCAGCUGCCAUUGAUGGGGGUGUUAACGAAGAAGGUAUUCAUAUGGUGAAGCGCAGGUGCAUUGGUUGUGGCUUAGAAUCUCAGGAAAUUGCUUUGUAG